AUGGCCGACUACGAUGAAUCAUACGAGGAGGAGUUCUAUGACGACGAUGCUGAUGAGGGAAUCACCUCCGAGGACUGCUGGACAGUGAUUUCUGCUUUCUUCGACGCAAAAGGUCUAGUCUCCCAACAACUCGACUCCUUCGAUGAAUUUAUCUCUUCCACGAUGCAAGAAUUAGUGGAGGAACAAGGCCAGGUGGUUCUCGAUCAGACACUCCCCAUAAUUGAAGAUGAUCUCGACCCGAUCGCUGUUCGCCGCUAUGAGCUCAAGUUCGGCACCGUUAUGCUCUCACGGCCAUCAGUUACGGAAGGUGAUGGCGCAACUACAAUCAUGUUGCCACAGGAAGCCCGUCUGCGCAACAUGACUUACGCCAGUCCCCUCUACCUAAGCGUUACAAAAAGGAUUAUGGAAGGCCGGGAGCGCAGCGUUAGCGAUCGAGACGCCGACGAUGCAGACGAUGACCAAGAAGACCAUAAGAACCAGGGUACAUACCUCCAAUGGGAUCAGAAGGACCUGCCCUCAGAGCAAAUGAAAGAAGAGACGGUGUACAUCGGCAAGGUGCCGAUCAUGCUCAAGUCUAAAUAUUGCAUUCUGAAGGAUUUGAAUGAGGAUUCGCUUUAUGGCUGGAACGAAUGCCCCUAUGACUCUGGUGGUUACUUCAUCAUCAACGGUAGUGAAAAAGUUCUCAUCGCCCAAGAGCGCAGUGCUGGAAACAUCGUGCAGGUUUUCAAGAAGGCACCCCCGAGCCCUACGCCUUAUGUGGCUGAGAUCCGAAGUGCAGUUGAAAAGGGAUCGCGGCUUCUAUCCCAACUGGCACUCAAGCUCUAUGCUAAGGGUGACUCCGGAAAGGGUGGGUUUGGCCCUACAAUUCGCUCGACUCUGCCGUACGUCAAAGCCGACAUCCCCAUCGUCGUUGUCUUCCGAGCCCUGGGCGUAGUAUCCGACGAGGACAUUCUCAACCACAUCUGCUAUGAUCGCAACGACACCCCGAUGAUGGAGAUGCUCAAGCCGUGUAUCGAGGAGGGAUUUGUCAUUCAAGAUCGUGAAGUGGCCCUAGAUUACAUUGCCAAACGUGGAUCAUCUCAGUCGAACUUGAACCAGGAGCGACGUGUGCGCUACGCGCGCGAUAUUAUGCAGAAGGAGUUGUUGCCUCAUAUCUCUCAGAGCGAGGGUAGCGAGACCCGCAAGGCAUUCUUCCUUGGAUACAUGGUGCACCGACUUCUUCAAUGCGCUCUUGGUCGCCGCGAUGUUGACGAUCGUGAUCAUUUUGGUAAGAAGCGUCUGGACUUGGCUGGUCCGCUUCUCGCCAACCUGUUCCGCGUCCUCUUUACUCGUGUCACUCGUGACCUGCAGCGCUAUGUGCAGCGAUGCGUUGAGAGUAGCCGCGAAAUCUAUCUGAACAUUGGUAUGAAGGCUGCAACACUCACUGGAGGUCUCAAGUAUGCUCUGGCUACUGGUAACUGGGGUGAACAGAAGAAGGCUGCUAGCGCCAAAGCUGGCGUUUCUCAGGUGCUGAGUCGCUACACUUAUUCAUCCAGUCUAUCCCAUUUGCGCCGUACCAACACACCUAUUGGCCGUGAUGGUAAGAUUGCCAAACCGCGUCAGCUUCACAACACCCACUGGGGUCUUGUUUGUCCGGCCGAAACACCCGAAGGUCAAGCUUGUGGUCUCGUCAAGAAUUUGGCGCUGAUGUGCUACAUUACCGUCGGCACUCCCAGUGAGCCAAUCAUCGAUUUCAUGAUUCAGCGAAACAUGGAGGUAUUGGAAGAGUUUGAGCCUCACGUCACACCUAAUGCCACAAAGGUGUUUGUGAAUGGUGUAUGGGUUGGUAUUCACCGCGACCCGUCGCAUCUUGUCAACACCAUGUCGUCUCUACGUCGACGAAACAUGAUCUCCAAUGAAGUCAGUCUGAUCCGUGACAUUCGUGAUCGAGAAUUCAAGAUCUUCACUGAUGCUGGUCGUGUGUGCCGACCGCUGUUUGUUGUUGAUAAUGACGCCGGAAGCGAGAACGCCGGAUCAUUGGUUCUCAACAAGGAGCAUAUUCACAAGCUGGAGAUGGAUAAGGAGCUUCCAGCCAACUUGGACCCAGAACAGCGCCGACAGCGCUACUUCGGAUGGGACGGCUUAGUAAGAUCUGGUGCGGUAGAAAUUGUGGAUGCUGAGGAGGAGGAGGCAAUCAUGAUUGUGAUGACACCCGAAGACUUGGAUAUGUCCAAGCAGCUUCAAGCCGGCUACGCCAUGCCAGAAGAGGAGACAAACGAUCCCAACAAACGUGUACGCUCCGUUCUGAGCCAGCGGGCUCAUACCUGGACACACUGCGAGAUUCAUCCCAGUAUGAUUUUGGGUGUUUGCGCCAGUAUCAUUCCCUUCCCUGAUCACAACCAGUCGCCUCGUAACACUUAUCAAUCCGCCAUGGGUAAACAGGCCAUGGGUGUGUUCCUGACCAACUUCGCGCAACGCAUGGAGACCAUGAUGAAUAUCCUUUACUACCCGCAAAAGCCACUUGCUACUACUCGGUCGAUGGAGUUCCUGCGCUUCCGUGAACUACCUGCCGGGCAGAAUGCGAUCGUGGCCAUUGCUUGUUACUCUGGAUACAACCAGGAAGAUUCGGUUGUUAUGAACCAGAGCAGUAUCGACCGCGGUUUGUUCCGUAGUCUGUUCUACCGCACAUACACCGAUUCGGAGAAGUCGGUUGGGUUAACAUUGGUGGAGCGCUUCGAGAAGCCCAUGCGGUCCGACACCCUGGGUAUGCGCAAAGGUACAUACGACAAGCUUGAUCCGGAUGGUAUCAUUGCUCCCGGCACGCGUGUUUCUGGUGAAGAUAUCAUUAUCGGAAAGACUGCACCUUUGGCUCCCGAUGCUGAGGAGCUUGGUCAGCGAACCAAAGCGCACACAAACAUCGAUGUCUCGACGCCCCUGCGAAGCACCGAGAGCGGUAUCGUUGAUCAAGUGCUGGUCUCGACUAGCAAUGACGAUCUCAAGUUUGUCAAGGUCCGCAUGCGUACUACAAAGAUCCCUCAGAUUGGUGAUAAGUUUGCGUCUCGUCACGGUCAGAAGGGUACAGUUGGUAUUACAUACCGCCAAGAGGACAUGCCUUUCUCUCGGGAGGGACUCGUUCCUGACAUUAUCAUUAACCCCCACGCCAUUCCCUCUCGUAUGACCAUUGCUCACUUGAUUGAGUGUCAAUUGAGUAAGGUGGCGUCGUUGCGUGGUUUUGAAGGUGAUGCCACUCCCUUCACCGAUGUGACUGUUGACUCAGUCUCUCGCUUGCUGCGUGAGCACGGCUACCAGUCUCGUGGAUUCGAGGUCAUGUACAAUGGCCAUACUGGUCGUAAGAUGGUUGCACAGGUGUUCUUGGGCCCUACUUACUACCAGCGUCUGCGCCAUAUGGUCGACGACAAGAUCCACGCUCGUGCCCGUGGCCCUACCCAAAUUUUAACCCGACAGCCUGUGGAAGGUCGUGCUCGUGAUGGUGGUCUGCGUUUCGGUGAGAUGGAGCGUGAUUGCAUGAUAGCCCACGGUGCCAGUGCUUUCCUCAAGGAGCGUUUGUUCGACGUGUCGGAUCCGUUCCGCGUCCAUAUUUGUGAUGACUGCGGCCUUAUGACUCCCAUUGCUAAACUCAAGAAGGGUCUAUUCGAGUGCCGUCUCUGCAACAACAAGCACCGCAUCUCGCAGGUUCACAUUCCAUAUGCAGCCAAGCUUCUGUUCCAAGAGUUGGCUGCAAUGAACAUUGCCGCGCGCAUGUUUACCAACCGGUCUGGAGUGUCGGUUCGGUAA